ACCCUAACAAAGUGCGACGCCAUUUUACAGAGACGUUCUUCGCUGCUUUUCUUUUUUUUGUGACGCAGCGUUGUUGUAAUUAAAAAACUUGUAAUUUUGUUAAAGAAUUGUCGGCAAACUGCAGGCCAACUCGCUAAUACAUACGGAGGUGAAUAUGUCGCAACGCUUUGCGCCUGGCCAAGCGCCGGUGCAGUCGCGCUAUCAGCCGCCGCCCCCUCAAACCCCCGGCAUGCGUCCCUAUCCGCCAGGAACCGGCAGCAGUUUCCCGCCUCGCGGCUUCCCACUUCAUCCCAAUACAACGCAGCCAGUGCCCGGCAGCGCUGCCGCGCCCGUUGGUCCCGGUCCCUCGCUGCUGCAGCGCGCGUCGCAGCCCAGCUUUCCCAGCGGACUGCGCGGCAGCGGCUCUGCCGGCGGCGGCGCUGGCAGCAAACGCUCAGCGGAAUCGCGCAGCAUUAACAGCGCUCAAAAUAAGGCGGGUGAAUUUGUGCCCGGCGCCAAGAAGAAGAAGAAGCUGGCGGAUAAGAUACUGCCACAAAAGGUGCGAGAUUUGGUGCCGGAAUCGCAGGCGUACAUGGAUCUGUUGACCUUUGAGCGUAAGCUGGAUGCGACCAUAAUGAGGAAACGUCUGGAUAUUCAAGAGGCACUGAAGCGUCCCAUGAAACAGAAGCGCAAGUUGCGCAUCUUUAUUUCGAAUACAUUCUAUCCGAGCAAGGAGCCCAGCAAUGAGGGCGAUGAGGGCGCCGUUGCCUCCUGGGAGCUGCGGGUCGAGGGCAGAUUGUUGGAAGAUGGCAAGGGUGAUCCCAAUACCAAGAUCAAACGCAAGUUUUCAUCCUUCUUCAAGUCGCUGGUCAUUGAGCUGGACAAGGAGCUGUAUGGUCCGGAUAAUCAUCUGGUGGAAUGGCAUCGCACACAUACGACCCAAGAAACAGAUGGUUUCCAGGUGAAGCGACCCGGAGAUCGCAAUGUGCGCUGCACUAUAUUGUUGUUGUUGGAUUACCAACCACUCCAGUUCAAACUGGAUCCACGUUUGGCCAGAUUGCUGGGUGUGCACACCCAAACCCGACCCGUUAUCAUCUCCGCCCUGUGGCAAUACAUAAAGACGCACAAACUACAAGAUGCCCAUGAGCGGGAAUACAUUAAUUGCGAUAAGUAUCUGGAGCAAAUCUUUAGCUGUCAACGCAUGAAAUUUGCGGAGAUACCACAACGUUUGAAUCCUCUGCUGCAUCCACCAGAUCCGAUUGUCAUAAAUCAUUUUAUUGAGAGCGGUGCGGAGAAUAAACAAACCGCCUGCUAUGACAUCGAUGUGGAGGUGGAUGACACGCUGAAGAAUCAAAUGAAUAGCUUCCUGAUGAGCACCGCCAGUCAGCAGGAGAUCCAAGGAUUGGAUACGAAAAUACACGAGACGGUGGAUACUAUUAAUCAAAUGAAAACCAAUCGCGAAUUCUUUCUCAGCUUUGCCAAGGAUCCGCAAAUGUUUAUACAUCGCUGGAUCAUCAGUCAGACCAGAGAUCUUAAACUAAUGACGGAUGUGGUUGGCAAUCCGGAGGAGGAGCGCCGUGCCGAGUUCUAUUAUCAGCCCUGGACACAUGAGGCUGUCUCCCGUUACUUCUUCACCAAGGUCAAUCAGAAGCGCGCUGAACUGGAGCAGGCAUUAGGCAUACGCAAUGGUUAAUCCUACUGUUCCGACUCCUGAUCCGUCUACACCUCCAUCUCCUUCUCCUCCCCCUUCAGCUGGGAUUCUGUUCCACGGCAAACUCUAUUUCCUUCGGCAGUUUAGUUUAUAAGCUC